UCAAAAUUUCUUCGUCACCAAGAAGGGAAUCGCCCACUCUUUUCGAUGCCGGCCGUCCAAGCCACUCUUCACUCUCUCAAUCAUUUUUGCAAACACUGAAAAAGCAGUUUUUUUCACGCCCAAUAAAUCCUCUAUGGCUCUAUCGACGCGGCAGCGCCGUCCUCUACUGUCCGAUGUCACCUCAUCGUCGUCGGAACCGUACACGAAGGUUAAUAAACCUCGGAGAUCGAAUGUCGGGGAUGAGGAGGAUAAGGGAUUAGGAUGGUUCCUGCCUUUGCUUUCUUUGGGAAUUUUAAGAUACAUGAGUGCCACUUCAAAUAUCAUACAUGACUGCGAUGAAGUCUUCAACUAUUGGGAGCCUCUCCAUUAUCUUCUCUACAAGUCUGGCUUCCAAACCUGGGAAUACAGCUCUCAGUUUGCACUUCGGUCUUAUUUGUAUAUUAAUUUCCAUGAACUAGUGGGUCUACCUGCUUCCUGGUUGUAUGGAGAGGAAAAAGUGAGAGUAUUCUAUGCAGUAAGACUGUUCCUUGGUCUUAUUUCUGUUGUUGCGGAUGCAACUUUGGUAGUUGUCCUUUCAAGGAAGUAUGGCAAACGUCUUGCUUCCUAUGCGCUUGCGAUGCUAUGCUUAACCAGUGGUUGUUUCUUUGCUAGUACAAGUUUUCUGCCAAGUUCAUUCUCAAUGUAUGCCAUGAGUCUCUCUUCAGGGUUAUUUCUUCUUGGGAAGCCUGCUAUGGCUGUUGUUGUUGCAGCUGUUGGGGUAAUCCUUAGUUGGCCUUUCUCGCUCUUGGCUUUCUUGCCAAUCACAUUCUACUCUUUGGCUAGAAGAUUCAAGCAAACAUUUUUAGCCGGUGCAUUCACUUCUAUUGUUCUUCUGGUACUCUCAGUCCUUGUUGACUAUCACUACUACAGAAGGUGGACAUCAUCCGUUUUGAAUCUUUUAGUAUAUAAUGUCUUGGGAGGUGGUGAGAGCCACUUGUAUGGGAUUGAAGGGCCAUUAUUUUAUCUGAGGAAUGGAUUCAACAAUUUUAACUUCUGUUUCAUUCUCGCUUUGCUCUUCAUUGGGUUUUUGCCAAUUGCUAGGAGAAAGUAUGGCCUGGACAUGCUAAUUGUUGUCUCACCUCUUUAUAUAUGGCUAGGAUUUAUGUCCUUGCAACCCCACAAAGAAGAAAGGUUCCUUUAUCCAAUAUAUCCUCUUGUUUGUGUUGCAGCAUCUUCUGUCAUUGAGAGCUUUCCUGAUCUUUUCCGAGACAGAUACAAUCCUUAUGACAAUUCUCUGAUAGUUAUGAUAGCAAAAUUUCUUAGACCUGUGGUUUUAGGCCUCAUAUUAUGUGCAUCCCAUGCUCGUACAUUCUCGCUUAUUAAUGGUUAUGGUGCUCCUAUUGAGGUUUACAAAAUUUUGGAGCACCAUGAUGAUACUGGAACAGGUUCUGUGCUUUGUGUUGGAAGUGAAUGGCAUCGCUUUCCUUCAUCAUUUUUUGUUCCUGGUUAUAUCAGUGAAAUCCGGUGGAUUGAUGAUGGGUUUCGAGGUCUUCUUCCUUUCCCAUUUAAUUCUACUUUGGGUGGGACUGCAGCAGCUCCUCCAUAUUUUAACAAUAAGAACAAGGCAGCAGAUGAGCAAUAUCUCCGUGAUCUUGAAACCUGUACUUUCUUGGUUGAGCUGCAGCUUGAUAGACCUUACCCUUCACAUGGAAGUGACUUGUCAACUUGGGAGCCUAUUGCAGCAUAUCCUUAUCUAGACAGAGAGCUCUCACCUCCCAUGUACAGAUCAUUUUUCAUCCCAUAUCUGUGGCAAGAGAAGAAUGUUUUUGGCUUGUACAAGCUGUUCAAAAGAAUACCAAAAUGACAUGCAUGCGGUUUGCUGAACAACUGCAUUUCUUGUAGUUCAAAAUUUUGAUGCCUAAAAGCUAUUAAUAGCUGAAAUUUGAUCUCAAAACCUGAAGGAGGAAAUCCCAACAGAAAUCGUAGUUGUUGAAUGCUUUUUUUUUUUUAAAUAAUUCUGGAGCAAAUUUAAGUUGAUUAGUGUUGUGGGUUAUGGCUCUUAGGUAAUGGUCCAUAGAUUUUGAUGCACCAAUAUUCCGUGUGGUGCCUCUGCAAAGGCCUGCAGAAGAAUGAGUCGGCCCUUGUAGUGCCCCUGCAAAGGCCAGCAGAAGGGGUUCCUUGAAAUUGAUUGCAUUUCUAUAUCGUCUUGAACGGCUCCAACAAUACAUUUAGUUGAGUUUGAAAUUGAGGCUGAGAUAAUUUUAAUGUAUAUUUAGUCAAAUAAUGUAAAAAAUGAAAUAAAAAUUUUAUUGAUAAGUUAAAUUUAUUAAAUUAGAAUAUCGUUCAAUUUGCUUCAA